ACACAGACACACAGUCACUGCAGCUGCUGAGCCGGACGCUCUGGGCACGCGGCGGCGGCCGGACUAGCCGGGAGCUCGCACCCCAGCGCCCGGCAGCGCGCUCCCAAGCCGGUCCCCGCACGGUGGUUCCCGCCCGGCCGCGCGCGGGAAGCGGGGAUCGCGCGCCUGUCCGUUCGCAGGUCUGGGCUGUCCACAGCGUCUGCAGCGGACGCGCGGCUCCAAACCCGAGCGCUCCGGAAAGCCGGCGCGUCUCGGAGGCGGCGGCGGGGGCCGCCCUCCUGGGCUCCCCGCACCCACCGUGCGGCGUCCCGCUCGCCGCGCCCCGCGGCCGUGACCUUCCAAGGGGCGCCUACGCCGGCCACGCGACCCCGAUCCCGCGCCCCAGGCCUGGGCGAGGCUCUCUUCGGCGCCCGCUUCUUGCGGAGCCGCGGGCGGGCGGUGCAGGCCCGGGAGGAGGGUCGCCGCAAGCAGCUACCGCCCGUCCCCGUGCUCGCUCGCCGUGCUCGCCUCCCGGCCAGGCUGACCUACCCCCCGGUCUAGCUGCUUCUCCGGAGCUGGGGGCGCGGCCGCACUCGCCUCGCUGGACCGGUUGCGGGCAGGCCCUACCCUGAAGGGGCAAAGCGGCCGGGGUCGCUGGUGGUGGAGCCGGCGGAGCUCUAGCUCCGCGUUUCUUCCCAGCUCUGGUUCCCGGGACCCAACCCAGGGCGUCUCCAGGCCCCUGCCCAUGCAAGGCGUCCCCCCGGCUUGGAAGAAGUCCUUCUGCGGUGGAGCAGCUCUCGGCAGCCGCCCCGGAGGAGGAGAAAGAGGGGACAGUGCUCAUUCUCGACCAGGCGGACCUUUCCUGUGGCAGUUGGAGCCCAAGGCUGUCCCGAAGUCUGUGCUUGGCAUCGAUGGUCGCAUUAAAAUAGUGCCAGCUGGGAUCCCCACCCGAACCCCCUGCACUUAGUAGGCGUCAGAGGCACCACACCGUUCCUUCAGCUGUCUGGAUGUCCCUCUGCCUGAGGUAGUCAAGACCAAGUUCCAGUGCUGACGUACCUCGGUUGAGUAGGUUUCUGCCGAAUUCUGAAUCCGUGAAUUUUGUCACUCAGUCCAUUAACAUGGUCUCCUGAAGGAGCAAAAUAGCAGCUUAUGUUUUCCGUGAAUGUCACAGGAAGUUCUACUGGGUCUUAUAAAAUAUUAUGAGAGAUGCUGAGGACUUCAUGCUCUUCACAGAGACACCACACUGGAAUUAGAGAUUGCCACUUCUGAGAGGAUGCUGGGAAUCUGCAGAGGGAGACGGAAAUUCCUGGCUGCCUCUUUGACUCUGCUCUGCAUCCCAGCCAUCACCUGGAUUUACUUAUUUGCUGGGAGCUUUGAAGAUGGGAAACCUGUAUCUCUGUCUCCACUGGAGUCCCAAGCCCACAGCCCCCGGUACGCUGACUCCAGCCAACGGGAGCGGGAGAGCCUGGAGGUGCGUGUGCGAGAGGUGGAGGAGGAAAACCGUGCUCUACGCAGGCAGCUCAGCCUGGCCCAGGGUCAGGGCCCUGCUCACCGACGUGGGAACCACUCUAAGACUUACUCUAUGGAGGAGGGAACAGGGGACAGUGAGAACCUACGGGCUGGCAUCGUGGCGGGCAACAGCUCUGAGUGUGGGCAGCAGCCGGCUGUGGAAAAGUGUGAGACCAUCCACGUGGCCAUCGUCUGUGCCGGAUACAACGCCAGCAGGGAUGUUGUCACCCUGGUCAAGUCAGUCCUCUUUCAUAGGCGGAACCCUCUGCACUUCCACCUCAUUGCUGAUUCUAUUGCGGAGCAGAUCCUGGCUACACUUUUCCAGACAUGGAUGGUACCUGCAGUGCAUGUGGACUUCUACAAUGCUGAUGAACUCAAGUCUGAAGUAUCCUGGAUCCCCAACAAACAUUACUCUGGGAUUUAUGGCCUGAUGAAGCUGGUACUGACCAAGACUCUACCUGCCAACCUUGAGAGAGUCAUUGUCCUAGACACUGACAUUACCUUUGCAACUGACAUUGCAGAGCUGUGGGCCGUGUUCCAUAAGUUCAAAGGACAACAGGUCCUGGGCUUGGUAGAGAACCAGAGUGACUGGUAUCUUGGAAAUCUCUGGAAAAAUCACCGUCCGUGGCCAGCCCUUGGAAGGGGCUACAACACAGGAGUCAUACUACUGCUUCUGGAUAAGUUGCGGAAGAUGAAAUGGGAGCAGAUGUGGAGGCUGACAGCAGAGAGGGAACUCAUGGGCAUGCUGUCUACCUCCUUGGCUGACCAGGAUAUUUUCAAUGCUGUCAUCAAACAAAACCCUUUCCUGGUGUACCAGCUCCCCUGCUUCUGGAAUGUGCAGCUGUCAGACCACACCCGCUCUGAGCAGUGCUACAAAGAUGUGUCUGAUUUAAAGGUCAUCCACUGGAACUCCCCCAAGAAGCUCCGUGUGAAGAACAAACACGUAGAAUUCUUCCGCAACCUCUACCUGACCUUCUUGGAGUAUGAUGGAAACCUCCUACGGCGGGAGCUGUUUGGCUGCCCCAGUGAGACCGAUGUCAACAGUGAAAAUCUCCAGAAGCAGCUGUCAGAGCUGGAUGAGGAUGACUUGUGUUAUGAGUUCCGGCGAGAGCGCUUCACUGUCCACCGAACUCACCUGUACUUCCUGCACUAUGAGUUCAAGCCUUCCGCUGACAAUACAGAUGUCACUCUGGUUGCUCAGCUCUCCAUGGACAGACUACAGAUGCUAGAGGCCAUCUGUAAGCACUGGGAGGGACCCAUCAGCCUGGCCCUCUACCUGUCGGAUGCUGAAGCCCAGCAGUUCCUCCGCUACGCCCAGGGAUCCGAGGUGCUCAUGAGCCGCCAGAAUGUGGGCUACCACAUCGUGUAUAAGGAGGGUCAGUUCUAUCCUGUCAACCUCCUGCGCAACGUAGCUAUGAAGCAUAUCAGCACACCCUACAUGUUCUUAUCUGACAUUGACUUCCUGCCUAUGUAUGGGCUCUAUGAGUACCUCAGGAAGUCUGUCAUCCAGCUUGACCUUGCCAGUACCAAGAAAGCGAUGAUUGUCCCUGCAUUCGAGACACUGCGCUACCGACUCUCUUUCCCUAAGUCAAAAGCAGAGCUGCUGUCAAUGUUGGACAUGGGGACCCUAUUCACAUUCAGGUACCACGUAUGGACUAAAGGCCACGCACCCACAAACUUUGCCAAGUGGCGGACUGCCACCACGCCUUACCAGGUUGAGUGGGAGGCUGAUUUUGAGCCAUAUGUUGUUGUGAGACGAGAUUGCCCUGAGUACGAUCGGAGAUUUGUGGGCUUUGGCUGGAAUAAAGUGGCUCACAUCAUGGAAUUGGAUGCACAGGAGUAUGAGUUCACCGUGUUGCCCAAUGCCUACAUGAUCCACAUGCCCCAUGCCCCCAGUUUUGACAUCACUAAGUUCCGUUCUAACAAGCAAUAUCGCAUCUGUCUCAAAACCCUGAAGGAAGAGUUUCAACAGGACAUGUCCCGGCGCUAUGGCUUUGCUGCUUUGAAGUAUCUCACGGCUGAGAACAAUAGCUAGCAUUAUGAAGGCUACCACGAGGGAGAGACGUGCCACAAAGGAAGAGCCACUUGCUGCCUAGGCCCAGACUUUGAAGACAAAAUCCAUCACUGAUUUUGUUUGGUUUGUUUCCCUUUGUCUCUUUGGCCCCACAAAGCUGCUCUCUUCUGAGAUCUUGGACAGGGACCCAGGCCACCAUGAGGUACUUCCAGAAUGGGACACAGAAGGGUGAAAGCAAAUGAAGAGUUAACAACGUAUCACAAAGGCACAGACCAAGUCAGAGUUUCUGGAAUCUCCCAUUGCUUUUUAACAAUUAUGGGUCAAACUUUAGCUGUGGAGAAAGAAGUUGCCAUGCUUUGGGUUAGUCAUUCCAGGAAAUAAGAGCAAGAUAUUUCCUCCUAAGAAUAUCCCUGCCACCUAACUGGCACCCAAGCGGAAGACAGGCCAAGGACCCAAACAACCAUCUGGAUACCCACAUGGGGACAUUAUAUAUGCAGGGACCUGGAGGUGGAAUGAAUUGAUUCUUUAUUAUGAAAGUCACUCUUGUUUUGUUUUGGGUUGUUUGAAUUUAGGAGAUUUUUUAUUUUGAUCUAGGAAUCCAAGUUAAAACAAAAAUCUAAUUCUUAAAGCUCCAAAAGAAAAAUCAGCUCCCUCAACCAACACCCCUCUCAGUCAGCAGUGGCCCAGCGACAAGCGUCCUCAGAGAAUGUUCGCACAUGGGCAGCUUUCUUCAGGAUGAACACUGAGGCCACCUGAUGCUGAGGUUCCACUCCAGAUCCAGGGCUAUGCCAGGGACAACAGAAAUAUGAGGCCAAACACUAUAUGCAAGUCACAUUUUCUAUGGACAGUGACCAAGUCACAAGGAAAGGGCUUCAAGGAACUUCUUCAGCACUCACAGAAGGUACGAUUCCCUGCUCAGGCCUUUAGAAGAACUUGAAUGGUUCACAGGAGUCCACUCCGAACACUCUUAUAACCACAUGGAAACCACUGGCAGAAAUGGGUCAGGUGUCUGUGUGUUUCUCCCUGCCUCACUGUUGGAAGUGGGAGACUGGUGAGCUUAGUUUCCCCUCAGGACCUCUCCUAGGCUUGGCAACCACCUCUUCAUUGUGCAGACGGAAGAAACACUGGACUUUUUACCCAUUUUCUUUAUUCUUCACUAUUAAUGUUGUGUUUACAUGGAUGAGAACAAGAGUUAAUGGCCUGCACUCUGCUGGGCUGUUUGUAUUGAGUUGCCAUGUGACCAGCGAAAGCUGCAUUCAAUAAAUGAAAGUACAGACUCUUUCUUCCUAC